GCACAACAUGCCUUCCUUUCCUUCCUUUAAAAGUCUUCAUUUCAAGUGAGCUGAUUGGUUUUUCUCAGCAAAUCCACCAGAGUCCUUCAACAGUUGUGAGCUCUGCUUGUCUUUGGAGCACAAAAUUUUCAGCUCUGAGGAGUAAACUUUCUGGGUGAAAUUUACGAGCUUUGUAUAGUUUUUCAAUUCAUCCCUAUGUGGGCUAAACAGUUUUUCUUUUGGCACCCUCAAAAAGGCCACUUUUAAAGUUUUCCUCUUUACCCAAAACUAGUUGAAUAUCCAUGUUUUGAUGUGGUAAAGUCAUUUUUACUCAUUAUAUGAAGCUAAUGAAACACAGGUUUUGCUAAAGAUUGGGACUUUAUUGUGAGAAAUUGCUGUUGGGGGGGCUUAACCUGGUUCAAAUAUGCGACAGGGUGUGGCUUGGCCACUGCAUACUCUCAUAUGGGUAUUUCUCACUGGUUCUUUGUACUGCCAGAGGCCUUCUGUAGUGAACAUUGGAGCAAUUUUUACUUUUAACUCUGUUAUUGGUAGAGUUGCAAAGACAGCCAUGGAAACAGCAGUCUCUGAUGUUAAUGCAGAUCCAAGAAUACUCAACGGGACAGAACUGAGGUUGCAUAUGGAGGAUGCAAAUUGUAGUGUAUUCUUGGGAUCAGUAGAAGUUUUUCAGGUACUUGACAAAAAUAUAGUAGCCAUAGUUGGCCCACAGUCUUCUUCAAUAGCUCAUAUGAUAUCUGAAAUUGCUAAUGGUCUCCAAGUACCUCUCAUAUCAUAUGCCGCCACUGAUCCAAGCCUGUCUGCUCUCCAAUUCCCCUUCUUUCUCCGAACUACACAAAGUGAUGCCUACCAAAUGGCUGCUAUGGCUGAUUUAAUUGACUUUUAUGGGUGGAAAGAGGUCAUUGCUGUCUAUGUGGAUGAUGAUUAUGGGAGGAAUGGAGUAUAUACUUUAGGUGAUGAACUUGAGAAGAAAAUGUCAAGGAUUUCUUAUAAGUUGGCUUUGCCUGUACAAUUUAAUCUAAGUGACAUCACUGAGUUGCUCAAUAAAUCCAAAGUGCUUGGCCCUCGUGUAUAUGUUGUUCACGUUGAUCCUGACCCCGGGUUGAGAAUCUUUACUGUUGCCAAACAACUUCAAAUGAUGACCAGCAGUUACGUGUGGCUUGCAACGGAUUGGCUUUCUACUACCAUAGAUUCAUUUUCUCCAACGAAUCGAACUUCACUCACUGUCCUUGAAGGUGUAGUUACACUUCGUCAACAUAUCCCACAGUCCAAUCGAAAGCGUGCAUUUAUAUCUAGGUGGAAGAAAAUGCAGAAAGAAGGUUUAGCAAGUUCUGAGCUAAAUGCCUAUGGACUUUAUGCUUAUGACACAGUUUGGGCAGUUGCACAUUCGAUUGAAAACUUUAUAAAUGAAUACAGAAAUAUCUCCUUCUCUUUCAUUGAUAGAUUACAUGAUAUGAAACCAUCUGAAAUUGAGCUAGGGAAGCUUAAAGUCUUUGAUGGUGGAUCUCUUCUUCGUGGGAAGUUAUUGAAGACAAAUAUGAGUGGUUUAACUGGUCAAGUUCAAUUUAAUGAAGACAGAAAUCGUGUUAGUGGUGGUUAUGAUGUCAUUAAUAUUGAUCAGAUGACAAUUCGUACGGUUGGUUUUUGGACUAAUUAUUCAGGUUUUUCAGUUUCCCCCCCAACAACUCUUAAAGGGAGAAGAAGUAGUUAUUCUCCACUGGAUUAUAAGCUGUACAAUGUUACGUGGCCAGGUGGAAAUACAGAAAGGCCACGUGGUUGGGUGAUUGCAGAUAAUGAAAAACCAUUGCGAAUUGGAGUGCCAAAAAGAGCAAGUUUUGUUGAAUUUGUUACAGAGUUGAAUGAUAGCCAUACAGUCCAAGGUUACUGUAUUGAUGUGUUCAAUGAAGCACGGCAGUUAGUCCCUUAUGAAAUUCCUUACAGAUUUGAACCUUUUGGGGAUGGUCUUUCCAAUCCCAAUUAUAAUGAGCUUGUGAAGAUGGUUGCAGAAAACGUAUUUGAUGCAGCUGUUGGGGACAUUGCAAUUGUGAAAAACCGGACAUUGAUUGUAGACUUUUCUCAGCCCUAUGCUACCACCGGGCUAGUGAUAGUGGCACCAAUAGACAAUUCAAAGUCAAAUGCUUGGGUGUUUCUUAAACCCUUUACAUGGGAGAUGUGGUGUGUCUCUGCAGCUUUCUUUGUGAUAAUUGCAGUGGUUAUAUGGACUCUUGAGCAUCGAGUCAACAAAGAUUUUCGAGGUCCCCCUAAGAGGCAGCUCGUUACAAUGUUUCUGUUCAGCUUCUCAACACUUUUUAAGAAAAAUCAAGAAGAUACUGUGAGCCCACUUGGGCGACUGGUGAUGGUGGUGUGGCUUUUUCUAUUGAUGGUGAUCACAUCAAGCUAUACUGCAAACUUGACUUCAAUCCUUACAGUUCAGCAGCUUUCAUCACCCAUCACUGGAAUUGAUAGUUUGAUUGCAAGCAAUUGGCCUAUAGGGUACCAAGUAGGGUCAUUUGCUUAUAGCUAUCUGACUGAAAGCCUCUACAUUCCUAGGUCAAGACUUGUUCAACUAGGCUCCCCAGAGGAGUAUGAAAAAGCACUGCGGCAAGGGCCGUAUAAUGGAGGGGUGGGAGCUAUCAUAGAUGAGCUUACUUAUAUUGAAUUAUUUCUUUCAAGGCAAACUGAUUUCGGAAUUAUUGGGCAAACAUUUACCAGGAGUGGAUGGGGAUUUGCUUUUCAAAGAGAUUCUCCCCUUGCUAUUGACAUGUCCACUGCAAUCUUGAAACUUUCUGAGAGUGGAGAGCUUCAGAAGAUCCAUGAGAAAUGGUUCUGUAAGAUGGGUUGUCCUAGUGAGAAGAAUCUGGAGUCUGAACCUAACCAACUCCACUUGACCAGCUUCUGGGGUCUAUAUCUACUAUGUGGCAUCUUCACUCUCACUGCGCUUCUCAUCUUUCUGCUAAGAGUGGUUCUCCAAUUUGUCCGGUACAAAAAACAGCAAGCAGUCCCUCCCUCUCCUUUAUCCUCCUCAAGCUCAUGGAGUACUCGAUUUUCUCAGUCCAUACACAACUUUGUUGACUUCAUUGAUGAGAAGGAAGAAGCUAUCAAAAGAAUGUUUAUUCACGGUGGCAAUCCUCAAGGUCAGGCUACCUGAUCAAUACAUAGAUAUGAAAGAAUAAGCUUAGUUAUGUUAGUUCAACUGAGAAUUCUGAUAGUUAACAGAGAUUUUUUUUAUUUGAUUUGAUCUUUUACGAUAUUACAAACAAAUUCAUAGAGCAUGUAUACAAUAUAUCACUUUCUUCCCUUAAUGCUUCAAUGAAAAUACUCUUCUUA